CCGCACGUAACCAGGUUUAUGGUGUGGAGGUGAGUUGCAGUCUGGUUGUAGGCCUACCUCAGAAAUGUCUAACGCAGAAGUCAUUGCUUCCCGGCUUUUAUCGUUUAAUCAGAUGUAUAGUUAUGAAAAGCGACUACAGACUUUUUCCGAGUGGCCUUUUCGAGAAGAUUGCCAGUGCACACCAGAGCUGAUGGCCAAGGCAGGUUUUGUGCACUGUCCUAGUGAGAAUGAGCCAGACGUAGCCUGCUGUUUCUACUGUCUCAGAGAGCUGGAGGGCUGGGAGCCAGAAGACAACCCCUGGUCCGAACAUGAAAAGCGUUCCCCCAAUUGUGCCUUUCUUCAUAUGAAAAAGACGUUUGAGGAGCUCACAGCCAUUGAGUUUUUUCAGCUGGAACAGGAGCGGCUUCGCAUUUACAUUAGGAAGAUGGGUCACAGGAAGAUAGCCCUGUUUCGUGAUGAGGUGGAGACCACAAGCAAAAAUCUGAGAGCACUUAUUUGAUAUCUAGAUAUCCAGUGAUGCUAAAUUAUUUUAAUGAUACUUUGUUUUUUAACUUGCACCAAUAAAUUAUAUAUUUAUGUUUCAUCAA